AUGUCGGAUGUUUAUGAACUUAAUGACGAUUUUAUUAUCCACGAGGUCUACGCACGGCCUGAACUGUGGAAUAAAAAGUUGGGAAUAAAUUACAAUAAGAAUAGGGCCUGGGGAAUUCUGUCCGAAAAACUUGAAGUGCCAGUUGAUGUCCUUAAAAAACGUUGGAAAGUUCUGCGGGACUGCUUUGUGAGGAAUAUUGUUAAAAUACCGAAGUCUGAAUUGGAAAAUUCAUCAGACCCACUGAAUUACGAACCAUACGUCAAUUGGCCACUAUUCGGCUCGUUGUUGUUUCUGAAAGAUCAUAUAAGUCACCAUAAACCCAGCGCUUGGCAACAACUGCUUGCAGAAAAUGAGCAGAACGAUAUUAGUUUGGAUGACUUUUCGUCGGAACAACUGGAAACAUCAACGACCUUCAAUCGGUGCCCGGAUGAAGAUGAUUAUUUCGUGUCGAGUCUAUUGUCCCAUUUGAGACGAAUCGACCCUUCAAAGAAGCUACUUUGUCGAAUGGAAAUUCAAAGGGUGGUCAACGAGUAUGCCUAUGGGCAUUCCCGGCUUCCUCAGAAGCAUUUGGAUCUGGAAGGUUUAGUCCGAGAAUCUUGCGAGGGCUUGAGCGAAGAAUAUUUAACCGAGGAGAUCAACCCUUCGCAGAUGUGA